UAGUUCAAGUACUGUAGGUAGUGUAUAAAUCGGUGACAAUAGUCGUCGUGUACAUUGAUAAUGUUCCAAAGUAAUAGUUUUGCCUUGUUUCAAUCGAAAGUCGAAAUAGUGUAUUGUAUAUUGUGAAUUGUUGAGGUGAUUAAUCAAGAUCGAUCCAUAUUCAGUGUGAUAUAGUUGAAAUUUAUUUCAAACCUGCGCUUAUCUUCUGUCUGGAAUAGAAUAAUAAGCAAAAGAAUUGAAUAAGUGGAACGCACUCACCGCAGUAUGGCAUUAAAAAUGCGAAAACCAACAGUAUUAUAUUCAAAUUCGAGCGUCGCCUUCGAUAUAGACAGAAUAGCUACAUAAGUUGGCGAAAAUGAAGUAAUAAUCAACGAGAAAUGAGUUUAGAAAGUAACAUCUGGAAACGUUCUUUCGCGUGAAAAAAAAACCAUCAAUCUCAAAUGUGCGAUUAUAACCUUUAUUGCACCCUAUGACUGUGUUAACUUUCAACAUGGAUGUCGAAUUAGUGGCAAGAAACUCGUUAUCUUCACUGCAAAGAAACGCGGACGAAAGCUUCAUCGUUUCUCCUGAUAAUUUGGAGGAUUGGACAUGGUCGAAUUUGAGGAAAGAAUUCAGGGAGCAAAGCCUCGAGAGGCUGUACUUGAUUUAUCGUACAAGACUGGAAAAUGGUUACAUGUCACUUUUCGUUUUACUGCAACUGCUUCUUGGAAUAGUGCAUUGCAUCGUUUUAGUUUCAACGCUGGAAAUCAAAGACGUUGUAGCGGAUUUGAUAGCGUGUGGCGUCGUCAAUGCGUUACUUUUUCCAAUAAUAGCUCUCUCUUUUCGUACGGAAUUAGUCGCCAAAAAGUCGUAUCUGCCAGUUUACUUUUCAUGCCUGAUAAUUUUUCUACUAGUUAUAGGCGACUUGUCGAUAGCUAUUUAUUACACUUCGAAGAGCAGCAAUGAAAGCUUGUCUUUCAGGCCAGUCUAUGCGACGCAUACGCUUCUGGUGUGCUAUAUAUUUUUACCAUUAGCGAGCAAUCUUCAUGCCUUCAUUCUUGGAGUCACAGCGUCGUUUUGCUACAUCGCUAGUCUUUUACUCGUUACGUACAGAAAUGAACCUGAUAUUGGUACAAAGAUAUCAUCAGAUGUGAUAUAUCAUACAUGUGUAAAUUGCUUAGGGCUUUACUUUCGUUUUAUGAACGAAAUUAUGACAAGACGAUCAUUUUUGGAUCGAAGAAAAUGCGUGGAAUCAACCCUUAGACUAAAUUAUGAGAAGGAUCAAGAGGAACAAUUAACUAGAAGUAUUUUACCACCGCAUUUCGCUGCCAAGAUAAAGAAAAAUUUUCGCGACAUAUGCAAGUUCAUAGAAGAACACAAGAGACCACCAUUUCACCAAGGAAGAACCGCGUCGCCGAUCUCUAAAGAUUUAUAUGUCGAAACUCACGAAAACGUCAGCAUCCUCUAUGCAGACGUAGUUAAUUUUUCCGGCUUGACGGUUACCUUACCCGUUAAAAAAUUGGUCGAAACGCUCAAUGAUCUCUUCGGCAGUUUCGACGAAGCGUCCGAACGGCACAAUGUCCUCAGGAUCAAGUUUUUGGGCGACUGUUACUACUGCGUCAGUGGCGUGCCUAUUCCGAAUUCACAACACGCCAAGAGCUGCGUCGACUUAGGCCUGGAUAUGAUAAACAUAAUAAAUGCAGUUCGCGCAAGAGUGCAGAGAGAAAGUGGCGUCGACGUGAACAUGCGAAUCGGUGUUCAUUCUGGGAAGAUAAUUUCGGGGAUUUUGGGAACCAACAAGUGGCAGUACGACGUUUGGUCGCGAGACGUUAUCAUAGCCAAUAAAAUGGAACAAACCGGCGAAGCAGGAAAGGUUCAUGUUACCCAGCAAACCCUCGAUCUUCUGGACGUUAACUCGUACAAUUGCAGCCCGGUGACGAAAUUGAAUGAUGCUGUUCUCGAGAAGUAUGGCAUAUUUCAGAGUUACCUCAUCUCGCCCGUCAUUUACGAAAGAUCUUCGUCACAAAGUAAUAACGUUCGGUGUACCUUUGUAAGAACAGAAAGUAUUCCCUCAGUAUCGUCGAAUAAGAAUAAUCAUGUAAACGGAAGUCACGUUGACGUGUACGCCUGUAGUUUUCGGAGGCGAACUCAUUUUAUGGAUUCGUGUCUUCGUGACUAUCAUCUCAUGCUAAAAGCAGCAGAUGCGGAAAUGGAAAAAGCUAUUGAACAAAUGCCUCUUAGUAAGUGGGAGCAGUGGACCAAAUGGGAAAACAUCAAUCCUUUAUGUUUAACGUUCUCGCAAUGGAGCUGGGAAGUGCCGUAUCUGAGAGAACCGGAUCCUCUUUUCAAAUUCUACGUCGUGUGCUCAACGCUUGUACUACUGUUUGCAGGGUGUAUUCUAUUUAUACCGCUAACUAUCACGGAUUAUUACACUAGCUGGGAUCUAGUAAACAAGACGGUGAUAAUUUAUAUAAUAGCUUUAAUAUUUCUCAUUUUCCUUCUACCUGUCACAUGGACUCAAUUUAUAUGGAGUCGCUACAAAAAGUACCACGACGAUAGUGAGCAUAGUACUCACCAAGCACCACGAAACAGAAUACUCAACUUUUUCUAUUGGUCCAGUAUAAAGAUCGUGUGGAAUGAAGUUCUUAGAAUAGCUCUCUACAUAGUUAUUACGAUGAUAACAGCUAUGACAACUGUUUUCAAUUUAAUGCUGGAAUGCAAGUACGAAAUAUCACACGAAGAAACUAACAUUACAUCGAGCAUUGCGGAAAACGAAAGUAUCAUGAAACACAAGUGUAUUUCGACGCCAUGGCAAUUGACCGAAACUUGCGCUCUGGCUAUAUUAACGACUUUCCUAUUUCUAAGAAUCCAUUUCGUUCUCAAACUUUUUGCCGCAAUAUCAAUGGCAUCGUUUUACGGAUGGGUCGUCUGGAGCUAUCAAGCUUCAAUGUUCAAGUCACACGGCGAAACCUGGAAUCCUCAUCUUCCAACUCAACUUGCGCAUACUCUGACUGUUGCGUAUCUGACGUUUUCUUUACACCUUAUUGAUCGCCAGGCAGAAUACCUCAAUAGGCUUGAUUACCAGUGGAAACGUCAAUUGACGAAGGAACAAGAUGAAGCGUUUCACACUAGAAACGCUAAUAAAUUGUUGCUGCGUAACAUCCUCCCGGAGCACGUAGCCGAUUUUUAUCUGAACAUGGAUAGAGCGGACGAGCAUACGCUCUACCACGAAGCUCACGAUAACGUAGCAGUUAUGUUUGCAACUUUAACCGAUUUAUCGAUCGACGAAAGCAACAUACUGGUCGAUUUCAAUCAAAUAAUUUGUCACUUCGAUAAACUACUGUUCGAGUCCAAUUACGUUUGCCGGAUAGAGAAAAUUAAACUUGCAGGAACUACCUACAUGGCAGCUUGUGGAUUGGAAGUAUCGAGACGACAUUCAACCCAGAGCAGCAGCAGUACAUCCGAAUCGGAUGUUAAAUACAACGUCGUACGAGUCAUGGUUCAAUUCGCUGCCGAGAUGAUGUAUGUUCUCGAAAGUAUCAAAAUGCAAACGACGCGACCAUACAAAUUAAGAAUAGGCAUAGCACACGGCGAGGUAACUGCGGGAGUCGUGGGUGCGCAAAAACCUCUUUACGAUAUUUGGGGCGAUGCUGUUAAUAUGGCUUCGAGAAUGGAUACAACAGGUGAAGUGGGGAAAAUUCAGGUGACAACGGAAACUGCCGAAGUUUUAAAAGACGAGGGCAUUAGGUGUCAUCUUCGUGGCGAUACGUGGGUAAAACCUAAAGGAUAUGUAACUACUUAUUUCGUUGGACUCAACGAAGAUAAAGAAUUAGAAAAUAUAUACGACCAAGAAACUGAGUUAACCAUGGCUAAGGACAACAACGAGGCCGAUAGGAUCAACAAUCAUCUAUCCACGCCCUCCACCUCGUCCUCGGGUAACCAGAGCCAGCGCAACGCCAGGUCGAAACCCUACGAUGCCAACAACUCUUUCGUCAAAAAAGUCGCGACGAAAGUGACAGAUCUGAUACCACAGCCAUCCUGGAUCAGUAAGUGGUUCAACAAUUCGCAAGAUGAAGCUGGACUGCAGGCCACGGAAACUGAUAAUCCCCAGUACAAGGCAUACGAGGAGAAGCUGACGCAGCCACCACCGCUGAAGCGACCUUGUAUACGCAUGGAUGUGACGCACCCUCCUGGCACAUUUACCAUAAAGCCCAGCAGGAGCAGAAGUGCUGCUGGAGAUGCGGACUCAUCUAAAGCACACUUCUCCAACCACAAUGAUACUACCCAAGAUUUUUUAGAACCAACUGGUCCUGGAAGGCUGCCUCGUUUUGUAGCAUCCACUCCAGCAUUUCCAGCAGCUUCUGGUAGUAGCAAAGUCUCGGAUACACGACCAACUCUCAACUUGCUCAUUUCCGAGCAGGGUAAUAAUGGAGCUGCCAAUGGAGUGGAUGACAACUCGGAAACAAGUGAAAGCACAAGUGGAUGCAGUUCAUUGAUCCCACAAAACAACAGGCAAGAAGCACCAACCACAAGUUUUAGUUCACCAUUUGGGAAAAAACGGAGAUACGUCGAUAAUAAACUCGAUUUCACAAGCCACUUGCAAUCACCCAGAUCUCUUUUCUUAGACAGCAGUACCAGAGAAUCUUUGAGCAGUAGGCAACCAAGUUUUAAUCCUAUGAUGGUGACCAAUACAUUAGACAGAUCCGCGUCAUUACAGUCUCCAUUUUAUCCUGGUAAUACAAUGUUUGGAGGAUCAAAUGCAGCAAAUUUAUACAGGAGAGGUAACAGCCUUCUAGCUGAAGCAUCACAGUACCAAGUGAGCGCGCCUAAACGCGCAAGCGUGCAGGUGAAUCCCUCGAAUGAAUCAACAACUAGUGAUACUACUGGUAUGAGCCAAACGGCUCGCCGCAUACUCGAGGCUCUCGAGCAGUUCUCGUCACCACUGACUGACGCCAAGAAAAUUCCUGUGCGCAGCAUGAUGAGCGGAAAUGCUUCUAGCAUCGGCAACAAUACUACUCUUACCUCCUCGCCUACGUCAAGUCGAAAACGAAUGCGCGAAGACGACACGGCAUCGCCCAGAGUCGGCUUAAGGCAUUUGACGCGCGAGCUGACCGUUCCUACGGUGCCCGAUAUCCUCAAAAUUCGCAGAAGGCAGAAACUGCAAAAUUCGACGGUCAAUGCCAGAAAAAUAAUGAGUGCGAGAAGUGCUCCUGCCACUGUUACAACUCAAGAAUAUCACAUAAGAACGCAAGAUGAUGCAGAAUCCAAGCGGAAAGCCCCUCUCAAAGCUAAGAAGAAAACGAACUUGGAAGAAGAGGAAACUGUGGAAGCUGUUAAUCUACCCACGAUUGCUUUACCGAUCUCGAAUCUUCCACGUUUUGACAUCUCCUUGCCUCCAUAUCCGAAACCAGACGCUUCAUUCAAUAAACAAACUCAGCAACAAUCGAAACAGCAAACAGAUAAAAGCAAUGCGUUUAAAUUCGCAAGCCCAAUCAAGCUGGCAGAUGGUGCAAAAAAUCUUGAGUCGAUCAAUAACUUCACGUUCAGUAAACCAAUAUCUCCAAGUAAGGUAAACUUUGCAGAAAUGAACGACUCUUACGAACUUUCGAAAACGUUAAGUGUAGGAUCGAAUGAUUCAUUGACGUCUCAACCAUCGUUCCCAAAUUUCAUUUGGUCUGGACCAUCGCAGACAUUAAAAGCCAAAAAAAAAGAGAAUCAACCAAAAACACCAUCUGUAGCUAAUGAGUUGAAGUCGGGUAGUGUAAUGGACUUCUUUGCAAAGCAGUCCGCUACGACGAGUAGUGCAGAACAGUCAGAUGUGUGGGAGUGUAACGAAUGUUUGAUAAAAAAUAAUGGAAACGAGACACAUUGCGUAGCUUGCAAAAAUACUAAGCACGAUACUUCAGACGAUAUUGAAAUUCUGGAAUGUCCAAGCGAAGACCCGCAAUCCUUGGAAGAAAACACACUCAUCAAGAGUAGUACUGCGGUAUCAAGCAGUCUACAUUCUAAAACACACAAUACUUUGGAUAAGCUUAACUCCAGCUCACAAGCUUCGAUUAUCAAUACAUCAACGUCCACUGAACUAACAAUCAGCACUUUGAGUAAACCGUUUUCAACUAACACAAAUGAAUCUCUAAAUUCUUCAAGUACGUCGCAGUUGAAUGUCUUCAAACCAGUCAAAGCCUCGUGGGAGUGUCCGUGUUGCAUGGUACACAAUGCAGAUACUGUGUCAACUUGCCCUUGUUGUAACACUGCCAAGCCUGGCAGCAUAAAUGUCAGUCCCAAACGCAAGAUUGAGAGCUCCGCUCCAGUUGCAACUAAAUUAACAUCGGGCUUUGGAGACAAGUUCAAAAAGCCUGAAGGAUCCUGGUCUUGCGACGUCUGUAUGAUACAAAAUAAAUCGGAUGCUAGCAAAUGCGUUGCGUGUGAAACUCCUCGACCUGGUUUGGCAAAGAACAACGCCAGCAGUACCAGUCUGAGCAGCGGCACAGGCACAAGUUUGUCGAGCGGUUUUGGUGACAAGUUCAAAAAACCGGAAGGCUCGUGGACUUGUGAUACAUGCAUGAUUUCGAACAAAUCUGACGUAAAUAAAUGCGUUGCGUGCGAAACACCCCGAGCGGGAGCAACUACAGAUUCAGCUCCUCCAAAGUCUAGCUCUAAGUUACAGUUUAACGUUGACAUGCCGGCAAAUGCGGGCAGUUUCAAAUUCGGUAUCGACAAAGCCGAUAAUGCGACCAACUUACCGACUACUACACCUAAAACCAACGGCUUUACUUUUGGCGCACCUACCUCGACUUCGCAAACUACUUCUGGAGGAUUCAGCUUUGGUAUUCCAAGUGACGCCAAUAAAAGCAAAGAACCUGAAACCUCAAAGGCUCCUUCAUUUGGAUUUAAGAGUGACACAGUAGCGACUACAGCGACUUUCCAGUUUGGAGCAAAACCAGUUGAAACGAAAGAUAAAAACGAAAAAACUCCAGCGACUACUGCAAUCUUCCAAUUUGGUGCUGGAGCAGCAGCUGACGCAAAAGAUAAGAAAGAAGCGAAUUCUACGUCUGCGGCUACAUUUUCUUUCGGAGCACCAGCCAAGUCUGACGCUGUAUCAAAAGCACCGAGCGCUGCAUUUGUCUUUGGGGCGCCGGCGUCAGAGAAUAAAGACGAAAAGAAAACCGUCCCAGCACCUACUGGAGGUCUUUUUACUUUUGGAGCUCAAGCAGCUUCUCCAACUCAGACUGCUAAAGAUUCAACUGCCGAUAAGACUGCAAAGUCAACGACUGACACGCCAGCCAAUAACUUUUUGUUUGGUUCUCCGAAACCCUGCACAAGUGAUGCUCCUAAAGUAGAAGACAAAAAGUCGGAAACCGUUUCAAAACUGGAACCAUCCAAAAGUACACUGUUCGGUGCGUCAAUCGAACAAUCCAAGCCCGCAGCGCCAACAUUUUCUUUCGGGUCUUCUGCGACGACAGUAGCAACAACAAGUGCCUCGUUAUUUAGUUUUGGUGCUCAGCCCAAAACUACUGAUUCUACGACCUCGAACACUACAACAUCUCUGCCUGCGUUUGGUUCGGCUGGUGCUCCUAAACCUACAUUCUCGUUUGGAAAGCCUGCUGAAUCAACAGGAAUGGCUGCUACUCAACAAGAAAAUAAGCCACCAGCAAUGUUCGGCACUGCGAUUGCAAGUCCAAGCUUCGGAGGCCAGGCAAAUCAAACGACACCAUCUCUUUUUGGAAGUCCAGUACCAACUACGAAUGCAAACGAAACCAAGCCCUUGAUGUUUGGCGGUCAAGAAAAGAAAAAUGCAUCAGGUUUCGGUGAGCCUGAUAAUAAAGUUCCAAGUUUCGGUUCGACAACAACAACCAAGUCAGAAACAAGUGGCUUUGGCACAGCAUCUCCAGCUCCAUCGGCGUUUGGAACACCUACAACUGCAACGAGCGCAGCUGCCUCACCUUUCGGAACAACGCCAAGUUUAUUCGGAAACGGUGCUGCACCUAACUUCUCGGCAACACCGACUCCCAAUAUAUUUUCAGCUACAACAAAGUCAUCCGAAACUGCACCAUCAUCAUCAGGUUUGUUUUCCUUUGGCCAGUCGUCACAAGCAACUACCCCAGCUACUGGCGGAUUCAAUUUUUCAGCGGGUUCCAAUACUACAUCCAAUAAUGAUCAGCAAAAGAACAUAUUUAGCUUUGGUGCUUCGAGCAAUAAUCCACAACAGCAAGUUGGAAACGGUUUUAAUGGUGGUAGCUUCAGCGGCGCUUCGGCUGCACCAACAGCCAACUUUACGUUCAAUCCGCCCCCGAAGCCUGAUGCAAGUGCUACACCUGGCCUCUUUGGACAAGCUGCUGCUGCUGCGGCUAGCACUACGCCGAUGUUUAACGCACCCAGUAACGCGACAAGUCAACCGACGGGACUUCCACCCGCCUAUCCAGGUACCACCAGUUCUACUCCAGCUGCAUCUGGUGGUUUUAACUUCGGUAACACAAAUGUACCCAACAGCUUUAGCUUCGGAAGUUCGCCAGCGCCGUCUACAGGUGGUUUUAAUUUUAAUGCUCCAAGCACGCCUGCAGCUGCGCCGGCUUUUGAUCCUAACGCUCAGCCAACGUUUAACUUCACAGCCGGCAGUGCACCGACAGCAUUCAAUGCUCCGCCUGCGAGGAAAAUUAAAAAAGCAGUUAGAAGAAUGCCCAGGCAGUAGAUCCGAGGAUAUCUUUCAUUGUGUGUAAACAUUAUGCAACACGCUUCAUUCGUAAUACGUGCGUAAAUGUGAAUAUAAACUAUGGAUUAAGAAACUCAGUGCUUGUCGGUGACAACGAGAAAGGAAAAAUCAGGAGAAGUGGCACUUUGAACGGCCAUGGACAAAACAAUGAUUUAGUUUUUCUUUUUUAAUUAUUCGCUGGAUGUGAAAGUAAUGUGUGAGAAAAUGAAGGAGAAAAGUAUGUUAAUUCGCGUGUCCACUUAAGAACGAAAUUAUCAUGUGCAAAACUGGUGAAAAUUUAUGAUUUGUAAAUUAUUUACUUGAUCAUAUUAAAAGCAGAGGAUAAGAAGGAAAUUAGAAAAUCACGAAACGUAAUAUUCAAAAACAAGUUGAUUAAUUAUUAACGAAUUAGCGUCAAUUCGGUUCCGUAGGUAAGUAUCUAAUAGGCUAUUCUGUUCAAUUCGUGACGACGUUUCUAACAUACACCUGAUAAAAAUAUAUACAUGGAAACUAUUAACGGAAAUUCUUUCUCUCUUAUCAUUUCUCAAUAUGCUUAACUCUAACUACUAAUCUGUGAUCGCAGUAUAGUUCUGCGUUUUUUGAUCGGAUAUUGUCUAGUAGCGGUCGUAAACAGCAAAGAAAGAUAUAAAUAUAAUAAAAAUAAAAAGAGGCGAGAAAUUGCGAAAAUGUCUUGCAUAUUUGCGAAAAAAGAUUUGUAUACUAGAGUUUUUUGGAUAAACGAUAUCGUUUUUUACAUUUUAAAGAUAAACAUCAGCAGUAAACAGCUUGCAGCUCGAAAAAUAUUGUUAAUGAGAUGAGCAAUCUCUUUUUCAACAAAAGUUAAACGAACUGACAUUCACUAUGACGACGAUUAUAUAUAUAUACGCGAGGAUUUAUCCAAUUUUACUUAGUCUUCUUUGAAAUAUAUAAAAAUAAAAGUUCUAACGUUAUAUUUUAGAUAGGAUUCCGUUGGUCGGUACUACGAACGUCAUUUAUCGUAGCACUUUCCACCUGCAAAACUGUAAUAUAUAUAUAUGAGGUAAAAACGAAAAAGUAUGCAUGUGUAGAAGAGAAUGAAAAGAAAGUAGAAAGCGAAAGAGAAAUUAAUAAAUGUAAAAGUAAAAAUGGCAUUCGGAUUAGUACAAAGCUACGAUUACAAAAAUAUUUCCAAAAUGUAAUCGAAAUUGUAUAUUUUUUUUAUACGAAAUACCAGAAUGAAAAUAAUCUUGUAAUAAAUGACUGAAUGCCAUUUUCCUAGUUUAAUAUAUAUAUAAAUAUGCGUUAAAUACAAUUAAGGUAACUCGUAGAUAGUGCUAAGUGUUUUAUUAUCAGAAUGGAUGACCAUAAAAAAUAGUGUGAAGAAAACUGAAAAUGUGAAUGAGAAAGCGGACAAGAGAAUUAUUUAGCGAUUCAUUAUAAUUUCAUCGGGACUUCUAAAAAAAUGUACAGUUAUAGCUAACAAUUGUUAUAUUAUUAAAUAAACUUGUAUAAAAUUAUCUUUUCUUAUUUUAUGAAUAAAUGAAUCGUGUAAAACAGGGCAAAUUAUGUUUUUAAAAUGAAAAGCGCACAUAAAUUUUUAGAAGUCCCAGAUAUAAAAAGACAAGUAGUUAGCUAACGUGCAAAUAAAGUGUCGAUACGUGGCUAAUAUUUAGUUGCGUACUUCUUAUGCGGCACGUAAAUAGAAGAAGGAAACUGCAAGCUUAGUUGUAUCACUAUUAUUUUUUCCUUUUAAGCUAAAGACUUUGUUUUAAAUCUUUGUAGAAUUUAAAUCAAAGUCUCUUGUGUAAAUAAAUUAUGUGUUUAAAGAUUCAAGAAGAAAACGAACUCUGUUUUGUUUUAAGUUUGUCAAAGGUAGAGCAUUAAAAUUUAUUUUCAAUAAAAAUGUCUUCCUAGAAGGGCAAAAAUCCUCUUUCGUGAUCUAAAAGAACGCUGUUAUGAUGAACUUCAAAUUACUUAUUACAUUCGCGUAAUUUUUUUGACUCUAAAUGGACAAACACCUUCAUGACCUAAUUUAACAUAUAUAAAUGGGUAAUGUAAAACAAUAUUUCAGACUACGAUAUGUUGAUUGCAUUGUUGAUCCACAUUUCUGUUAUACAAAAAUAUAUAUGUAAAUGUAUAAAUGAUUUGACUUUCGAGCACCUCACCUCGUAAUAUGAUUUUUUUAAAUAAAAAAAAUUCAUAGCUAAAAUCAACGGAACAAAAAAAAAACUAAUAUACAAAUACUGGCAUUAAAUGUUCCAAUCUUCCGAAUUUUGAUUCGAUGUGUAUACGUAAAUACUGAAGUAUCAAAUGAAAACAAUACCGCAGACGUUUAUUUUACUUUUUGUAAUAACCUGUUAAUUAUUGUAAUCUGCAAAGAGCGUGCCAUCAUAUUAACGGCGCAAUUAUUCGAUACAGUUGAAAGGAAAGAGAGAAAAACACGAUAUAACGGAUUUGGAUUCGUUGUGUAAUUUGUAAAACUAUAAAUAAACAUGUAAGAAUCUAUCAUCAA